GCCGGAGCCGGAGUUGGGGGAAGCCGCUGGCCAUGGCCGCCGCCGCCCCCGGACCGUCCCCCGGACCGUCCCCCGGACCGUCCAUUGAUUCGCCCCCCGGAUCGUCCCCCGGAUCGUCCCUCGGAUCGUCUCCCGGGUCGCCCCCCGGGCCGUCCCCGUCCCUAGCCCUGGAGCUCGUCCCCCUGGUGGCCCUGAACUUCAAGGUGCGGACGCGGCUGGCCCUGUACCUGAACCCGCAGACCCCGGUGGCCGCCGACUGGACGGCGCUGGCCGAGGAGCUGGGCUACGAGUACCUGCAGAUCCGCCACUUCCAGGCGCAGCCCGACCCCACCGGACGCCUGCUGGAAGACUGGGAGCGCCGCGGCCGGCAGGCCACCGUGGGCCGACUCCUGGCGCUGCUGGCCAAACUGCAGCGGGACGAUGUCCUCUCCGACCUGGGCCCCAGCAUCGAGGAAGACUGUCGGAAGUUUCUUCUGAAGCAGCAGGAAGAGGCCGAGAAGCCCGUGCAGGUUGCAGCCGUGGACAGCAGCGUCCCGAGGACGGCCGAGCUCUCAGGGAUCACCACAAGGGAUGACCCACUGGGCCAGAUGCCGGAGCUCUUUGACGCCUUCAUCUGCUACUGCCCGAGCGACAUCCAGUUUGUGCACGAGAUGAUCCGGCAACUGGAGCAGACCGACUUUGGGCUGAAGCUGUGCGUGUCGGACCGCGACGUCCUCCCCGGCACAUGCGUCUGGUCCAUCACCAGUGAGCUCAUCGAGAAAAGGUGCCGUCGGAUGGUGGUGGUCAUUUCGGACGACUACCUGCAGAGCAAUGAGUGCGAUUUCCAGACCAAGUUUGCGCUCAGCCUCUGUCCGGGCGCUCGCCAGAAGCGGCUGAUUCCGGUCAAGUACAAGGCCAUGAAGAGAGACUUUCCCAGCAUCCUCCGCUUCAUCACCAUUUGUGACUACACAAACCCUUGCACCAAGGCCUGGUUCUGGCCUCGACUCGCCAAAGCUCUUGCCCUGCCCUGACAGGCCUACCCCACCGCUCCCCUCUGUUGCCAUAUCUUCGCCUCGGUUUUGCCCCACAAACCCCCUCCGAACUUCUGGGCCACUCUGGGCCCCAGGCUGUCGUCCUGUCAUGCCCCUCCACCUGCCCUAUACUGGCCCCAUUCUGCCUGACAGUUGCCUCUGCUUCCAUCUGCUCACCUUUGGGCACCGUUCCCACCCCCAAAGGCCAGUAGGGAGAUCCCUGGAUGAACAGGUGAGGGGAUGGGGAAAGGAACAUUGAGGGAGUGAGAGGGAGAUAGGUGGGGCAACAGAUCUGCUUGUGGACUCCCAGCUCCCCCUCUGUUUUCUCGCUGGACAGCGGGAAUCCCUGGGCCAUCAGCGAUGAGUCCCUGAGACCCCUAUUUUUGAGGGAGGAGCCAGCUGCUUCCCCUCAGUAUAAGCUCCAUCCCUCCAUGGCCUUGACCUGCACUUUGGUUGAAUUUUGGAGAGAUUGCAAGUUGGUAAAAACCUCACUUGCUCAAAAUAGCCUGAUUAAAAACAAACGUUUUUGUAUUCUGGAUUUUCCAGAUCAUUUGUGAAUGCAACCCCUCCUGUGGUCUGGAGCUCCUCCCCCUUCUAUCCCCUGGACAAGGACAUGGACAAGGCCACAAAGGGUAAAACAAUCUUAUUUCCCGCAACCCACCCCUCAGAAACCACGAGGGUAGAACAGGAGGGUGACACCUUAGGCCUGUUCCAAUGUAGCCAUAGAGUAUCCUUGGUUUUGGUGUAUGACCGAGGCCUGCUGCCCUUUAUCCAUUUGGACUGGGUGCCUAGGUCUCCACCAUGCACUGGGGGUCCCACGGUGGGCUUUUCCAUUAUCAGCCUUCAGCCACAAGAUGAUUCUCUUGGUCUGCUCUGAUAGAGGAGGUUGGGGGCUGACAAAGAGUGAGGAAGAAAGGAAUUGAGAGAGUGUGUGUGUGUGUGUGUAUGUGUGUUUGUGUGUGGGGGGGUGUUCACUGCAGGUCAGGGCUGCCCAGGUAUGCACACACUGCUGGGUUCAUGGCAGUUUAGAUCCAAACAGGCUGUUUCCAAUCAACAAAGCAUUCCAGGACAGUGCAGGGCUCAGGCAGUCUGGACUGCUGA